AUGUCAGGCAGUAACGAUUCUCGUUAUGAUAUUAGAUGGAAAGACAUCAAGCGCAUAUGGAAUCCUCCUGCGCCGAGUGACGAGAAGACAGAUCAAGACACAACUCAAGGCCCAGGUUCUGGGUCAGCAGAAGCGAAGCAGAGCACUUUCCAAUGGGACGACCGCGCUAAAUCUUUCGAGGACGAUGAAGAGUUUCUUGGACUUACGCCCGAUGACAACGAACAAGGACAAACUCAACAAACAACCUUUGGUGGUCCGAUCUAUGGUGAACCCCAAAACACCACGAAUCCGACGGUACCGACGGAACCAAGUAAUCCACAUCAAUUCAGACAAGGAUCUCACCGACGACAUAGGCCUACGAACGGUAGCAGAUCCGCAAACCUCACCACACUGUCUCGCUCUAAUACUGUCAAUUCCACAAUGAGCGUAGUGCAGUCACCCCAGAGAAGUGUGGAUUCAACAAUGAGAAGUCCCCAGGUAAUCGGCCAUUACGAUGAGCGUGGACUAUUCGUUCCCGGCCCUUCUCCCGUGACAUAUAUGACCUCGGUAGCUGUUCCCAUCAAACGUUUACCCCAUAAUCCACUUUUAGUAGACACAAUGAACAUUCAAUCCACCGCCACUUCUACCUCUCCAAUCAAUCAAAUCUUCUUACCUACCGCAGAAGAACAACUUUCCGACGCUGAAGGAUUUACAGAGGCAGAUGAUAGACGUCACAUUCCUGGGUUACUCACUGAAGAGGAGAGAUUGGGGUACACAGAAGAAUAUCAGCUUUGGCAAACAUGUGCUGAUCAAUCUUCCACACAAGCCGGCUGGGGUAAAUGGUAUACCCAACCACUUCCAUCGAACAAUACGCAGGCCCAAACCAAUCACGCUAUCAUCUCUUCCCCCACCCAACUUCCGUCGACGAGUCAAAGCAGUAUGAAAUCUCCCACUUUCACUCGACAUGAGUCUCGUCGAUCUAGACAUGAUUCCUCUGUUUCGAUCAACUCCACCGGGUUGGAUCCCAAGGCUAGUGAAUGGAACCCUGAUGGUGUUCUUCCUGAGGCAACGAAAGAAUGGUCAUCUUUAGAGGAAGCACAUGGCACCGACUGCUCGAGAGAGUCAAGAGGGAUACAAUCAACCCCGGGGACACUCCUCACUCGAAGAACUAUAGGGACGAUGGAAACUACAGAGAAGACUUUGACUUAUGAGGAUCACGAACAAGAUGAAGAAGGAUACUUCUUAGAUGAGUUUGGACAUCACAUCCCAUUGUCUCUGCUGGAGGAUGAACAAGACACGGAGGAAGAAAGUGAAGCGUGGGGAGCAUCUCUACUUGAAUAUCCGACGGCAGAGACCCCAAACUUGAUACAAUAUUCUCAUGACACAAAUGUAGGUCAACAAAUGUCAAAGUCAACGUCUACACAUAUCCCACCAAGGUUAGGAGAUGGACUAUCAAUUCUUCCUAGACGUCUAAACGGUCUUGAUCCUGCCAUACCCGAAUGGACUCCUGAUGCGUCGUUGUCGAUGGGAUCAGACGGUAAUACGGCUCAGUACAAGGUCACCCCUUCAUGGUAUACUCAAUCUCAACCUCAAACAGGUCUUGAUCCUUUUGUCACCGGACCGACUCCUCGUACUUUGUCGUUGAUGGGACCAGAAUGGAGUACGGUGACGACAAACUCGACGAAGGGGGGUAAAAAGAAGAAGAAGACUGAGCAAAAUACGACCGAGUAA